AUGGGAAAAUCGAAGACACAGAAAAAAUCUAUGGAAAACGACCAGAAAGAAAAUGGAAUACAAAUUUCCAGAAAGAGGAAGGCAUCAGGGCAGCUCCAGCCGCCAAAGACAAAGAUAAUGUGGUCCAUCAACAAUACAGACACAGAACGUUUAUAUAAAGAACUUGGUGUAGGAACUUUGUCAUCUGAAAGUAGCAACAGUGAUGCUGACAGUUUAACAGAACUUACUCCCACAGUUGGAAAGAAAAAUGCUUCACAAGAAGUCCCCGGGGCACCAAAGAUACUACAACCCAGUCAGUGUCUCAAUACAUCCAUAGGAUUAGAAAGACGAAGCAGUCUCUCGCUGUUUGUUUCAUCCCCGGUCAACUACAGUCGUCAGAAAAACAAAUGUGAUAUAAGCGUAUGUGAUACCAAAGGACCAGAUUAUUUCAGUGGGCUUUCAGAUGAAAUUAUUCUUUGUGUUUUCCGUUGGUUGCCAAAAUUUACUCUUGCAAAAUGCUCCAGAGUAUGCCAUAGAUGGAAUCGUCUUGUGUCAGAUGAUUGUCUAUGGAAAAGAAUUGACUUGGCUAAUAAGACCAUAGCUAAAGGAACACUAAGCAACAUCCUGAAUCGGGGCGUGCAAAUCCUGCGACUAACCAAGUCAGAGGUUGAAGGACCUAUAUUUUCUGGUUUCACAAGUAUAAUCAAGUCUACGCGGUUGUCUAAAGUUCAGUAUCUGGACCUGAGUAUGGCUUCAGUUCCGGUGGCUGUCCUAGAGGAGCUAUUUUCCGUGUGUCGUGACCUGAGAAAAGUCAGUCUCGAACACUGCCAGCUUAGUGAUGAAGUGUGCCAACAUAUUGGAGAGAAUAAGAACCUAGAAGUCAUUAAUCUAGCCAUGUGCCAAGGAAUUACAUCUGCUGGUUUGAUGCCAAUCACAACAAACUGUCGCAGACUAGAGUCACUGAACUUAGCAUGGUCUGGUCUACAACGACACAGCGUGGUGUACCUGUCUCUAUGUCUGCCAUCUAGUCUCCGCAAACUCAACCUCAGUGGCCUUCGAGAAAAUAUUACUGAUGAAGAGGUUCAUCAGCUGGUAAAGACGUGCUCCAGCUUGAGAGAGCUUGACCUCAGUGACUGUACCAUCCUCACCUGCUCAUCCAUAGAACAUAUUGCCAGCCAUCUCAACAGACUUGAGUACUUGGCCCUAAGUCGGUGCUACAGAAUACUGCCUAGUACAAUUCCAAAAUUGAAUCAGCUGGAUUCCAUGCUGGCUGUAGACGUAUUUGGUAUGCUGCGGGAAGGUGCCCUGCAACAGCUCAGAGAGGCUAUGUUCCGCAUCGAGAUCAACAAGUUCCCAUUCUCCAGCAUUGCAAGACCAACAACAGGAAUACGUCGCACCAGUAUAUGGGGACUGCGUGUUAGGGACAAUGUGAUAUAG